AUGAGAACCAACACGUGAUUUUUGAUAGUUUAUCCCGGUGAAGUUGAUGGAUUGGAGGAGCGUAUCCGAAUGGUUGAUGAUGAUGACUCGGAUAAUGACUCGGAUGACUCGGAUGAUGAUGAAGAUGACGAUGAUGAUGAUGAUGAUGAUGAUGAUGAUGAUGAUGAUGACAAUAACCUGAUUGAGGAUGAUAAUUAUGCCAAAACAUUAUCCUUGUUGGUAGAAAUUUGUAAUAAUUGA